AUGCUGCUAAAAGCAGGGUUAACUUUAAAAAAGGCUGACACUGAAAAAGAAAAGCCUUCAUAUGCAACGACUGUAGAAGAUGCGCUCAAUGCUACUGGUUUUGGCAAAUACAAUUUUGCGUUACUGCUAACAUGCAGCUGGACGUUACAAGCGAUGGGGAUGGACUUAUUUGGCACAAGCUUUGUUGUUGCGGCAGCGGUCUGCGACCUCGAGUUGUCUAUGCAGCAGAGAGCUUUGCUGACGGCUACUCCUCUCAUUGGAGUAGUCCUUGGUGCACAGUUAUGGGGCUACGUGUCGGACACGAGAGGCCGGCGGUUGACAUUAAUCAUAUCCAUGGCGGUGGGAUUUGUAUUCGCAGCAAGUAGUAGUUUUGCCCCAAACUGGAAGAUCAUGGCUCUCUUGAAGCUGAUAUCGUCAACAUUUACAUCAGCGAGUAACUCAGCGGCAUACACGCUGUUGGGAGAGAGCUGCUCAGGACGCUCGCGAGGCCGUUCCAUGUUGUUGUGCAACUGCGCGCUCAUGUGCUCACAAGCCGCAGUCGCUUUGCUCGCAUACCCAAUCCUGCCUCUGAACUUCGUCUACUGGAUCGACUUUCUAAGCAUUAAAUACAGAUCCUGGCGUUUACUCGCUUUUGUGAUGUCCAUACCUUGCGCCGCGACCGCGUUCCUCUUACUAUUCUUCCAUGAAAGCCCCAAAUUCCUUAUAUCCAAGGGGCAACAUGAAGAAGCCUUAGAUGUUUUGAAGAAAAUCUAUGCCUUUAAUACUGGAGAUAAAGCAGAUAAUUUUCCUGUCAAAAAACUCAUCGAUGAAGGAGAUCAAAACACAAAACAAGAAUUCUUCUUAAAAGCGAUAUGGCAACAAACUACGGCUUUACUGAAACCACCUCUAUUGAAAGUCACUCUCAAACUCUUCUAUCUAGUUGUUAUUAUUUAUAUGACAGGAAGCGGUUUCAUCCUCUGGCUGCCGUACAUCAUGAACAACCUUUUCUUGGUGCUGGCGGCGGGCGAGGGCGCCGGCAUGAACCUUUGCACCGUCAUACGCUACUCCGUCGAUGCUGGCUCGUAUGGGAAUAAUACUGUUCAAGAAGUAUGCAACGAUACGAUACAAGACACAACUCUAAUAUCGGCCAUGUCGUACGGCGCGAUAGCUUGCUCCAUCAACUUGGUGCUGUCUCUAACUUGCGGCUCCCGGAAACGAGCCGCCAUGAUUGUUAUUUUAACUAUAUCAGCAGCCGCCGCAAUUCUUCUAAACCUGGUAGCAAUCCCGAUAGCUGGCGGUAUAUUCUUCUUCGUGUUCCUUCUAUGCGCGCUCUCGAUGGGCAUCCUCAGUGUGUACUUCGUAGAGCUGUAUCCUACGUCUUUGAGAGGGAUGGCGUCGUGUCUUUCAGUAAUGUUGGGGAGGUCGAGUGCCUUCUUAGGAGUGAAUGCCAUUGGUCCGCUCAUAACUGCUAACUGCGAGGCAACUUUCUAUGGAUGGGCAUUGCUAUUACUUAGUGCUGUCGCCUUCUCAUGGUUCCUGCCGAAAGAUAAGAAGCCAAACCAA